AAUGCUAUUGGUUGAAAGUGAAGCCAAUGAGAAAGCCUGUUACUAGUUUGCGCGGUGCUGUGGUGUAGGGGAAGUACUUUAGGCCUAGAAGCAGGACGUGUCCUGGUGGUCUUAGCGUGAUGAGCUCUAUCGGCACCGGGUAUGACCUGUCAGCCUCUACAUUCUCUCCUGAUGGAAGAGUUUUUCAAGUUGAAUAUGCUAUGAAGGCAGUGGAAAAUAGUAGUACAGCUAUUGGAAUCAGAUGUAAAGAUGGCGUUGUCUUCGGGGUAGAAAAAUUAGUCCUUUCUAAACUUUACGAAGAAGGUUCCAACAAACGACUUUUUAAUGUUGAUCGGCAUGUUGGAAUGGCGGUAGCAGGUUUGUUGGCAGAUGCUCGUUCUUUAGCAGACAUAGCAAGAGAAGAAGCUUCCAACUUUAGAUCUAACUUUGGCUAUAACAUUCCACUAAAACAUCUGGCAGACAGAGUGGCCAUGUAUGUUCAUGCGUAUACACUCUACAGUGCUGUGAGACCUUUUGGAUGCAGUUUCAUGUUAGGGUCUUACAGUGUGAAUGACGGUGCACAACUCUACAUGAUUGAUCCAUCAGGUGUUUCAUAUGGUUAUUGGGGCUGUGCCAUUGGUAAAGCCAGGCAAGCUGCAAAGACAGAAAUAGAAAAGCUUCAGAUGAAAGAAAUGACCUGCCGUGAUGUUGUUAAAGAAGUUGCAAAAAUAAUUUACAUAGUACACGAUGAAGUUAAGGAUAAAGCUUUUGAACUAGAGCUCAGCUGGGUUGGUGAAUUAACUAAAGGACGACAUGAAAUUGUUCCAAAAGAUAUAAGGGAAGAAGCAGAGAAAUAUGCUAAGGAAUCUUUGAAGGAAGAAGAUGAAUCUGAUGAUGAUAAUAUGUAAUAUUUACAUCUAUAUCUAUUCUGUUUUAAAUUUCUACUACAGUCCCAUGUAAACUAUUUAGCCCUGUGGAUUAUUACAUACCCAAUAACCAAUUUUCAUUAAAUUUUUGUUUUAGAAUCAC